AUGAGUAUUAAUGAAAAUUCAGAAACCAGCUCAGUUUUUCAUGUUCAUUUACCAUUCAAUACGGAUUCGUACAAACUCACGGUUUUGGGUAGUUGCGAAACUUUAGGCAAUUGGCGAACCCCUAAAGUAUGGCUUUGCCAAAUUCCAAAUUCUACCCUUUGGGUAUCUGAUCGAGUGCGCAUCCCAACAAACUUAGAGGUUCAAUACAAAUAUUGUUUGGUUUCAUCAGAGAAUGUGUUAAAUUUUGAGGGUUACGUGUUCGCAGCUUGUAGAAGAAUGGAACCUCGCGGAAAUCUUUACGACAUUUGGAGUGAUAGCACCGAAUUUAAAAAAGAUCAAUUUUCAAAUGGAGAAGAUUUUGUAUUUACCGAUUAUAUUUACAAAAAUAUAAAAUCUCCCUGUAGCUUAAAGAAUGGGAUCAUGGAUUAUCUAUAUGUUUUAAACAAGCAUUGGAGGGGUCUUACAGAAUUUGAAAAGAUAGUCAAUUUCAUUAGCCAGAACUUAAAAACAAACAAAACCAAAGAACAGAUAUUAUUUUUAUACGUUCUUCUCGGCUAUCACAUAGAACAAAAUGGCUGGUUGCACGGAUCUGAUCUUCCAGAUGGUUUCCAAUCUUCCAUUAUGAUAAAGGAAUUUAAAAAUAUCGAUGAUGAUUUUAGUCUACCUUCCAAUACAAAAUUCUUGGUCGUGAAUACCAUUAACGCAUUGAUUCAACAUAACUCUAAACACGGUUCUCUAGAUUGGAUCAAAAUAUUUGCACUUGCACUUAAGUUUGAUGCAUCAUACUCAUUUAUUGAUUCGAUUGAAGCAUAUGAUUAUAAAAUGCAACCUGACGAACCUGACGAUUUCAUAAAAUUAUUAGAAGUAUUAAAAUCUAGCAUUAAUGAUCUUAACAACGCUGGUGCGUUAAACAAAAUGAUGAAUAAACUUGUUAGAAUAUCAUAUGAUGCGGAAUGUCUUGCAUAUAUGAUAGAAUGUUUUAAAGAAUUGAAGGGUAGCGUCAAUUUUUUAUAUGCAAUUCGUAGGAAGCUCUUGGAAUUGCUUGAGAAAAAGAAGUUAGAUUGGAAUGAUAAGAAUAUUGUCUCACUCAAAAAGCUUCUUAGUGAUCCUAAUUUGAAAUGGCACCCUAGAGAAUAUGCCAGCGUGCUUGAAGCAAUUGCAGAGUCUGAUCAAAUAAUUGUGCUGGAAUAUUUUCCUGAAAUUUUUAUAUGUAUAAUGGAAUUGAAUCCGAACACGAUUAAAAAGGAGCUCGAGCAAGAAUCAAUCAAAUGGUUAAUAAAUAUCUGUAAACAAAAAGGAAGUUCAGCUCAUAACAUCUUCCAUUGUCUCACGAUAAUACAUUCAACUUCAGCACAUAGUCAAGAACUUUUAAACAAAUUUAUGAAUCAUAAUAUUGUGAUGUCAUUAUCUGAUGACUCUGUACUCUCGAUUACAUCACGUAUUAAUGUUAGCAACUUUCAUGAUGAUAUAAUAACUCAUUUUAUGUCUUUAUUAAAAUUCCGAGUUGAACUUCUCAUUCGGGAUCCUGAUGAGCGCCUAUUAAAAAUUAUCAUGCAAAUUUGUGAUAGCGAAUCGACUUUAAAUGUUCCAAAUAGUUAUUGUGAAGAAAUUAUAUGUUUUAUACUCAGUCACUUGCAACAAGAUAAAGUCGUUAAAUUUUCCGAAACAGAAUUAUUUCAACUUUCAUUAUUCCAAUUUGCAAAAUUUUGGAUGGCCAUAUUUAAAGCAAGAGGUGAUAUUCAAAAGUUGCGUUCUCAUUCAUAUUUUAAAGAAGCAUGUAAAACAGUCACUCUUAUAGCUAUGGAUAUAAGAAAUAACACUAUUACGAUAAAACUGCUUCAAAAAGUAUUUAAUUACUUUAGUAAUACCGGGAUCCUUAAGGAUUAUAUCAACUCUGCUAUAGAAAAUUAUUCAGAAGAAAUUGAAUUAAUUACAGAUGAAAUUCUAGAAAAAAGUUAUAAUCAAUGUAACGAAUACAAUUCAACUUUAGAACGUCUCCAAAAAUUUUAUGAAAAAUUCUGUCCUUCUCAAUUAGUACCAGAUGUACAAUCUUACCUUAACGAUUUAACAAAAGCAUCAGCCAGUACAGCACUUAAAGAAUCAUAUUUCGAAAACCAUCAGUCGAUGCAUUCAGUUACCGUUGAAAUUAUGAAUGAUUAUUAUCAUUUUAUUGACUCACAAACCUUCUAUAACGUCUUUCAAAUUGAAUUGAAUGAAGGAUUGACAGUUAAAGAAAUAAUGAAUAAUAUUUUUAAAAAGGUCGUAAAAAAUUAUGAGAUCAAAUGUAGAGAACACGAAAAGGAAGAAAUUAAAUGUACUGCUGUAAAUGAAUUCUGGACAAGUGUAAAUUCAGAACAUGUUGAUAAAGAAGUUAGGUUUAUGACCCCUUACUUUGAAAAGUUAAAGUCAAGUAGUAAUCCUGGCCAUAAUAUAUCAGAAACAAAAGCUCACAAU